AUGUUUAAUAGCUUUAGUGGAGGCAGCGGAUUAGCUGUUGCUUGGUCGGAGUCAGUUGCCUGUACAGUUUUAGAUGCUACACCGUCUUAUUUAGUUGUUGAGUGUCAGCAUCCUCCUUUAGGGAAGUUUGCAGUAAUCUUUGUUCAUCUCAGCUGCGAUGUAGGUGCUCGUCAGGUUCAACUUAAUGAAAUUAUCAUGUUUGUUUUGUCGUGUCCAUUACCAUUGUUUGUGGCAGGAGAUUUCAAUUGCCUCUUGUCCAUGGCAGACAAGGUGGGGGGUCGUCCUCUAGCACCCGCUGCCUUGGAUCAAUUGGGCGACUUUCUCCACGCAACUAACCUCACAAACUUGGGCUGUAUCGGGUCCCCUUAUACGUGGUCUAAUAGGCAAUCAGGUUCGAAACAGAUCCUGGAAAGACUUGACCGAUGCCUAGCUAACAAUCUGGUUUUGUGUUCCUGGCCUGAUGUGCAGGUACAUCACUUGACAGACCUAGGAUCCGAUCACCGUAUGUUGCUGAUCCGCUUUACUAAGACUCCGGAGUCUCGGCCACGACGGUUUCAGUUUGACAAGAGGUGGACGACAAACCCUGAAGUACCAGGAAUUUUUGAAACUGCGUGGGCUAAGAGAGUUCAAGGAACGACUCAAUUUCGAGUACAGACACAGCUAAAGCACCUGCGCCAUGAUUUAGUGGGAUGGGCUAGCAAAGGGACCUCCAACUCGGCAAGACAAAUACGUACACUUCGGCAGACUAUUGAAGAAGCGAGAGAGAGCCCUGUAGUAGACUUGGACCACAUAAAGGCACUUGAAAAUCAGCUGGGAGGUGCAUACAAACAGGAAGAAGCAUUUUGGAAACAAAAAUCCAGAGUGGGAAGGCUUCGAAAAGGUGAUGCCAACACAGGAUUCUUCCACCUCACAACGAUGCAACGACGCCGGAGGAAUGCCAUUCUGACUUUAUGUGACGAUGAAGGAGUCGUACAUACUCAGGAAGAUGCAAAAGCAAAUGUGGCCAUUACGUUUUAUCAACGGCUGUUCACGUCCAACGGCUCUGACCCAAGAGACUUUGUGAGACAAUUAGGGCUGCCAAGAGUGGUGGAUGAUUGA